CACCUUCCAUUACGGAGGUGCUUCCUGUUCCUUACUUAGAUGGGCCUCCUAUUCCCACAAAGCCUCUCCAAGUUUAUCAUCGCCGCCCACGGCCUGCAGUCCAAGAUAACUCAUCUCCUGAACCCGUGGUUGAACCGUCCUUGGAUCCUUCUUCGGGAGUUAGCAGUAGUCCUCCUAUUGCUCUCAGACAAGGUACUCGUUCCACCCGUAAUCCUAAUCCUAUUUAUAAUUUUCUUAGUUACCAUCGUUUAUCAUCUUCGCACUAUGCUUUUACCUCCUCCUUGUCUUCUGUUUCUGUACCCAAAACAACAGCAGAAGCUCUUUCACAUCCAGGGUGGCGCCAGGCUAUGAUUGAGGAGAUGUCUGCCUUACAUUCUACUGGUACUUGGGAUCUUGUUCCAUUGCCACCGGGCAAAUCUACUGUGGGUUGUCGUUGGAUCUAUACUAUUAAGGUCGGCUCAGACGGAACCAUUGAUCGAUUAAAAGCCCGCCUUGUGGCUAAGGGCUACACUCAAAUCUUUGGUUUGGACUAUGGUGAUACCUUCUCUCCUGUUGCGAAGAUGGCCUCUGUUCGUCUUUUUCUUUCUAUGGCUGCCAUUCGCCAUUGGCCUCUUCAUCAACUUGAUAUUAAAAAUGCUUUCUUACAUGGUGAUCUCGAGGAGGAAGUAUACAUGGAGCAACCUCCCGGGUUUGUUGCUCAGGGGGAGUCUUCCGGCUUAGUAUGUCAUUUACGCCGAUCUUUAUAUGGCUUGAAACAAUCCCCUCGAGCUUGGUUUGGUCGCUUUAGUGCUGUUAUUUCUAAAUUUGGCAUGAUUCAAAGUGAAGCAGAUCAUUCAGUUUUCUUCCGUCAUUCUUCCUCCAUGACCUCCAUAUAUCUGGUUGUUUAUGUGGAUGAUAUUGUCAUUACUGGAGAUGAUCAUGAGGGAAUCACUCAGUUAAAACAGCACUUGUUUGAUCACUUUUAGACUAAGGAUAUGGGGAAGUUAAAAUAUUUUCUAGGAAUUGAAGUGGCACAAUCUAAUGCUGGGAUCUGUAUCUCACAGAGAAAAUAUGCUCUAGAUAUUCUUGAAGAAACUGGAAUGUUAGAUUCUAGACCUAUAGAUACACCAAUGGAUUCCAACACAAAACUUAGUCCAGAUCAAGGAGAACCUCUUGCAGAUCCUGGUAGAUAUCGCAGAUUAAUUGGCCGAUUGAAUUAUUUGACAGUCACUCGGCCAGAUAUUUCAUUUGCCACAAGUAUCCUAAGUCAGUUUCUUGACUCCCCAUGCGAUAGUCAUUGGGACGCCGCUGUUAGAGUCCUUAGAUAUAUCAAAGGUGCUCCAGGAAAAGGUUUGUUGUAUGAAGAUAAAGGACAUAACCAGAUUGUUGGGUAUACUGAUGCAGAUUGGGCAGGAUCUCCAUCUGAUAGACGUUCUACAUCUGGUUAUUGUGUUUUUAUUGGUGGAAACUUGAUAUCUUGGAAGAGUAAGAAGCAAAAUGUUGUAGCAAGAUCUAGUGCGGAAGCUGAAUAUAGAGCUAUGGCACUUGCCACAUGUGAACUUAUAUGGUUGAAGCAAUUAGUUAAGGAACUUAAGUUUUGUGAGCCGAGUAAGAUGGAACUGGUGUGCGAUAAUCAAGCUGCCUUACAUAUUGCUUCCAACCCUGUGUUUCAUGAACGGACCAAGCACAUAGAGAUUGAUUGCCAUUUCAUAAGGGAGAAGUUGCAAAGUGGGGAAAUAGUAACAGCCUUUGUCAACUCCAACGAUCAACUUGCAGAUAUUUUCACCAAAGCUCUCCGGGGUCCUCGGAUACAAUACAUAUGUAACAAGCUUGGUGCAUAUGAUUUAUAUGCUCCAGCUUGAGGGGGAGUGUUGAAUAUCAGAUUAGAUCUGUUUUGAUAUAGUUUCCAUCUUUAGAUAUCUAAUUCUGUUGGAUCUCCUAGUAUUAAGGGAUCUGAUUCUAUCUCCUAGUAUUAAGGGAUCUGAUUCUAUCAUAUCUCCUAGUAUUAAGGGAUUUUAUUUCUGUACCUAUGUAUAUAUAUAUAUUGACGCUGGGAGAUAAUUCUCUCAAGGGAAUUCAUCCAAAACACAAUCCUUGUCUCACUCCAUUCGUAUAUUUCAAGUGUAAAGAACUAAUUAUCAUAGCUU